ACGACUAAUCUGUCACUGAUUUUGCCGAAUAUUUUGGUUUGCUCCUCGUAAAACGUGUGGUUUUAUAGCAAAUUACUCAAGACCCCAACCACUAGAUAAUAAGGGGAAACUGAGUUCCGGACUUUAUAUCUUUCAGAUAUGUAAAAGCUAUUAUUCUUGCAACUUUCAAAGUAUGUAAGGCCAAUAUUUUAAAUUUGACCUUAAUGUUAAGCAUGUGUGCUUCGUAUUUAUUUUGGCUUCACCCAGGACUCUUGCACUAAGAGGAUGAAAGAGGAAACCAACAAAACAGCAGUAGUAUUUCCUGUUCGGAAACAAGUGGAGAAACAACGGUCCAGAUGAUGGAUGCUAACCCCUCGGUUUCUCUCUCAUUUUUGUACAAAAACGACCAAUUUUAUGCUCUAUGUGCCGCAGAUCUGAUGACGGCUUCCCAGGCAGUGAACAACAGCUUUAUCAAUGAACAAAGGAAACUGGUUUCGACACUAAAGAGACUGGAGUACCAAAAACUAAUCAAGAUGAGACAGAUAAAUGAAGAAAAAAGGCAGUUCGAUCUCCUUAUGAAACGAAAACUAGCUCCUCAGGUUUGCAGAGUAUCAUCUCUCACUCCACACUCAGGCCGUGCAAGAUCUGCCAACAUGAGCAUUUCUGCAUUUAGUGCAAGCAAGAGCAGCAGUGUGAAAAGUUUUAAAUCUGAACCCACAUCAGAAAUGAUGCCCGAUAUCCUGCCAUCAACACCACCUUCAGAAGAAGUUCUUGAUGUUAAAAGAAAGCUUCUAAAGGCAAGCCUGAAAGUAUCUCAGGCCUACUUUAAAACUACUGUGCCAAAGACAAUGUGUAAAUGUGGCUACUCUCAAAAACAGCUUACCCAAAGUGAGAGUUGUUUACCAACUAUAUAGACGCCAUUAAUUACAAACUACCGGAUAAUGCACUGCUUUAUACUGACCUAGAAGACCAUGCUUGAUGUCUUUAUUGAUUAAUAAAAGGAAUGCAGAUUCAAAUGAA